AUGGCCGGGCAGGGACACAGCUACCAUGACUACUUUUCUCAAUCCUCUUCUUCUUCCGUGGCUCGCACCUUCUUUGCUUCCGCCGCCGCCGCCAGCGACGCCGACGACUACAGCUUCUUCCCCGACGCGCCGGCGGCUCCCAACCUCUCUACUCCCCGGCCGCACAUGGAGAACCUAGAUCUCAGCUCCCAGGUGGACGCCUUCCCCUACCUUGAAUCCUACUCGGGCUAUCUGCAGUCAGAAGAAGGGCGCGGCGAGCAAGCAUUACCCCCUUUUGGCCCUGGCGCCAGAUCGGGUCACAGCGUUCCAGCCUCCUCGGCCUACCGGAGGUGGGGGCACAUCCGGCAGUGCAGGUCGCCCAGCCAGUCGCCACAGUAG